CGCGCCUUUGCCUCGGCGCAGUCCAUCUUACCUCUCACAUCGCUGCGGUCUCCCUCCGCCAGCGCGCCGUCCGUGUUGUUGUAGUAAAUAAUGGCGGCAUCGGGAGGCGGAUUAUCAUCUCCCGCUACUGUCGCGGGCUUGAGCGCCCAAGCGCCGGCCCGGGCUCGCUUCCCCGGCCGACCGUGUGCGGCUCGCAGCAGGCUGCGGUCGGAGAAACGUAGCAGGCGCGGAAGGCUGGGCUCGCAUGACGGGGAGCUGCCUGCCGGAGGGCCGAGGCCCGUGAACAUCGGGCUCGCGUUGAGCGAGGAUCCGUCCCUGCUCCGCCUGCUCGGGGUGACUGAGAAGCACAGGCGGCAGCGCGAUGCGGGCUUUGACUCCAGCAACAGCGAGGAGGAGGAAGAUUUUACUGGAUUUGGGACCACAGCAGUUUGUCCACAGAAAACUUCUGGCACUAUUCCUCAGUCUUCAUCACUCACCCAAGCAAAGUCUUCCCAAGCUUCAGACUAUUCUCCGGGAGCACAACAUCUCGUGGGAAAAAUUCUUCCCAAGACCCCAAAGCCAGCUCUGAUUGGGAAAAUUGUACCAAGGGUUCCUAAAGACGGCCAGGGUAUCAAAGAGAGCCCAGUAGAAGAAAAACAAAUACCCAAGGUGGUAAUUAAACUGCAUAGCAAGCAGGUAGCUCUUCCUACAAAAGCCAAACGUAAAGAUGAGCAGGCAUCUGACAGCCAGGGCAGUACAAGACCAGCUGUCUUUAUCAGGAAAGCAGGAGAAAAAGCCAACUCGGGCAGCAUGAAAAACCAAACAGCCGCCACCUCAGCUCGCGGCACCAGGCACUAUAAGCUGGUGAGCACUCUGAUGGCAGUCAAGGGUGCAGAAAAAGCUUCCAAGGUCAAAGAACAGGGUGAAGUGUCGGAGGACUCAGACACAGACCAGUCCCAGCCACAGAGCUCAGUGAAUAGACUGCACACUAGGCGCACAUCUCAAGCAGGUGCUCCGUCAUUUAAAACCUUCCACAGAAGGCAGAGGAAGAGAAUUGUUAAAAGUAUGGGCGCCUCUCCUGAGGCCGGAGCCGAGGCGGGAGCUCAGAGUGGAGAGGAGGCAGCAAUGCCCCUCGAGUGUAAAGCUGCUGAAUCCUCCGAGAAACCAACCUACAAAAGGUCACGCAAAUCUUUGUUUGGGUACAAGCGAAAGCCGCCAUCCGCCAAUAAACAUCCAAAAUUGAGUCGUAAUCGCACUAGGCGUGUUUUUUACACCUACAUACCAGAGCCCAUUCCAGCCACACUGACACUGGACGGGAACAAGCAGCAACUGCAAGAGACGAAUAUCACUAAGUCAGAAGGUGAACCCAGCUCGUUUCCUGAGCAGCGCUCCAACAACUCCUCCACUCCUUUAAUGAGCGCACGAUCCUCUCGUGUUAUUAAAGCCCCGAAGAGGUUCUUGGACGAGGAAAUGAUUAAAUGUCCCAAGGGCCCUGUGGCAUCAUGGCUGAAGAGUCAGCAGAGAGAAGAGGGCAAAGCGAGCGCAUCACUUCACGAGUCAGGUUAUGAUGCCAACUCACUACCGUCGGACAGCGACACUUUAUCUCUGUUUGACAGCCCGUCUGCUGUGACAAAGUUCUCCCCGAAGCCCAGUCCGGGCACGAGCCACGUAGAGAUCUACAAGAACCUCAAAAGGCUGACCUUGAAGCUGGCGGAGAAAAAGAAAGGCCAGUGUGACACUCAAGAGGACCCUGUUCACCACGGCGAUGGCUUGACCUCCCAUGUCAGGAAGAGGCGAAGGUCAAAACUCGUGAUGGAGGAGAUGGAGAUGGACACUCCUGGUGUAGUGAGGAAACUAGCAGUGGUGAUGAAUGCUGAUGCACAAAAGCCCUCUCUUACACAGUUCCAAGAUAGUGGCAGCAAUAAUCAAACAGGAAGCAUGACAGGGGACAGCCAGGAGGCUUUAGAAGUCAGUGGACCCAGCCACAGAAUUGGUCUCAGUGGAGCCAAUAAGAGGAUGCUCCACCUGCUGAAGAAAGCCAAAGUCCAGCUCAUCAAGAUUGAUCAGCAGAAGCAGCUCAAGUUGUCACAGUUGGGCUCUGGAGAAUCACAAGGGCUAGUGAGUGGAAGAAGGAGGAGGAGAGGUGGUGCAGCUACGCAGGAGACUAGUCCUCAGGAGCAGCUGCUGGGUGGUCCAAGGAUCAAACAUGUCUGUCGGGCAGCAGCAGUGGCUCUGGGGCAGCCCCGCGCCAUGGUGCCAGAUGAUAUUCCCAGACUGAGUGCCCUGCCAAUGCACGAGAGAGAGGGCAUCACCUUCUCUCCCACAACUGAAGAUGUGGCAGAUGAUGAGGAUGACAUCUCUGAUCUGGGCAGGGCUCAGUGGGUUGUCUCACAGGAAAACAUCCAGCGCAGGAGGAGGGGGAGGGGGAAGGGCCACAGGUUCAGAAAGAGGAGGGCAUUGAGUCGAUAUGGAUCAGGGGGAGUCCGCUCCCGGCGCUGUGGACACUGCGAAGGCUGUUUGAUUGAGGAGGACUGCGCAAAGUGUAUCAACUGCCUCGAUAAGCCCAAAUUCGGAGGGCCCAACACCAAGCGGCAGUGCUGCAUAUAUAAAAAGUGUGAUCGGAUUGAGAAAGCGAGGUUUGAGCGCAUCUUCAGACCACUGAGAGGCCAGGGGAGGCGUUUGCCAGACUCCAUGUCGAGCAGUGACAAUUGGAACGGGGAUAUUGGAGGAGCAGGCGAGGGGUCAUCCUCGAUGGAACCUGGAGCUAGGAAACAGUCCCUGCGUAAUAUCACACCACGCUCCUACAGCAGCCUGCUUAAAUCUGAAUCUGAGGAGGAGGAAGAGGGAAGGGAAGAGGAUAAGGAUGAUAAAUCAACAACCAAGCCAAAUGUAGUAGCUGCUAGCAACCCAGAUCUUGCUCAAGACGGCAGAUUGGUGCCAGACGAUCCUCCAACUGAAACGGUGAAGCAACGCCGGCCGUUCUCCAGAGGAGUCAGACCCAGAGCAAACAAGAAUCCUGCAGAGUGUGCAUCAGUGAACACCCUGACGGGGUUUACUAAUGGAUUUCCCCAUAAGGGCCUGUUGCAGAACAAGUACAAGAUCCGCGUGGACUUCAAGGAGGACUGUGCUGUUCAGAAUGUUUGGCUGAUGGGCGGCCUCAGCGUCCUCACGUCUGUCCCUACCACACCACAGCCUGUCUGUCUGCUCUGCGCAAGUAAAGGACGACAUGAGAUGAUUUUCUGCCAGAUCUGCUGUGAGCCCUUCCACAGUUUCUGCCUCUCACCAGAGGAGCGCCCCCAGCAGGAGAACAAGGAGAACUGGUGCUGCAGACGCUGCAAAUUCUGCCACGUGUGUGGACGUAAAAGCAAGAGCACAAAGCCUGUAUUGCAGUGCAGAAGAUGCCAAACCUCCUAUCAUCCUUCCUGCCUGGGACCAACUUACCCUAAACCUAUGAACUGCAGCAUGCCAUGGGUGUGCAUGACGUGCAUUCGGUGUAAAAGCUGUGGCGUGACUCCUGGAAAGACCUGGGACUUUGCCUGGAACCACGAGCAGAAUCUGUGUCCUGACUGCACUUCUCUUCACAGCAAAGGUAACUUCUGCACUGUCUGCCACAAGUGCUACGACGACAACAACCAACAUGCACAGAUGAUUCAGUGCUCAGAGUGCAGCCACUGGAUUCAUUACAAAUGUGAAGGACUCUCAGAGGAGCUGUGUGGUUUGCUGUCGAGCCAACCAGAAGAAGUGGAUUUCACAUGUUCCCCCUGCAGCCAGCACGAGGCAGAACACAGCAGCCUGAAGGAGGAGCUGCAGAGCAGGCUGGUUGCCGGGCUGGAGACGGUGCUCACUGACCUCCGCUCAGAUGCUGCCACAAAGCACCUCGCAAUCUGCACAGCGUGUAAGGAAACAGACGACUCAGGGAUUUUCAGGGCACAGCAAACAGUCUGUGAUCUGCAAGUCAUGGAGAAGAAGUUCGAAGUUGGAGGUUACGACUCAAUAAAAGCUUUCCAUAUGGAUGUCAUCUCUGUGAUGAGGAAGAGGAUGAAGGACGAAGAGCUUUUCCCUGAGGAUCAGAGACCAACCAGUCAGGCCAGGGCACACUAUGUCAAAUUGGUGCAGCGGGUUUUCGCUUGGUUUCCUCCUCGUCUUCUGAAAAAAUGGAACUCAUUCUCUGAAGAAUUCCCAAGUGCCAUGCUCCCUGAGGCGGUCCUUCCACCAUCCAAGGAGCAUAGCUACGCACAGUGGCUGGAGAGGACAUACCAGCCUAAGGAGUCCAGGGGCCCACAGUCGGGGAAAUCCGUCUCUCUGCUAUCCUCCCUCUCUACGCAGCAGUCUGGUGCAUCACACAGCCUCCCUCUGCGUUCACGUGAUGUAAAAGGCGGGCUGAAAUCCACCAAGACUGAAGAUGUGCGGCAGUGUACACUUUGCCAACAAUAUGGAGACUCUGCUCCUGUUGAUGCAGGGCGGCUGUUGUACUUGGGACAGAAUGAAUGGGCCCACAUCAACUGCUGCCUUUGGUCUGCGGAGGUGUAUGAGGACAAUAGUGCGCUUUUGCGAGUGCACAGCGCUGUCUCAAGAGGGCGCCACCUGCGUUGUGAUCGUUGUGGACAGUCGGGGGCCACCGUGGGCUGCUGUCUCGCCACCUGCCAGAGUAAUUUCCACUUCAUGUGUGCUCGUGCCCAGAGCUGUGUGUUUCAGCAGGACAGGAAGAUGUACUGCUACAAACACAGGGAUCUCGUCAGUGCGAAGGUGGUGUGUGGGAAAGGGUUUGAAGUCCCUCGGCGGGUGUACGUAGACUUCGAGGGAAUUAAUUUCAGGAGAAAGUUCCUCACGGGCCUCGAGCCAGAAUCCAUUAACAUGACCAUAGGCUCUCUCCAGAUUCAGAAACUUGGUGUGUUGUCUGAGCUGUCGUCUAAUGGGAGAAUGCUGUAUCCUGUCGGCUAUCAAUGUUCUCGGUUGUACUGGAGCACCGUGGACCCCCGCAGGCGCUGUAGGUACACCUGUAAGGUGACAGAAGUGAGCACACCUCUACCUGGUGAGGAACAAGAUCCGAGAUGGGAUAAGGAAGAGAACCACACCAUUGUCCACAGUCCCAAACACCACAGAGAUAUGGAGUCCCCGGAUCGUUUAAGCUCCUCAUCCAGCCCGAUAAAGUCCACUACUCCAUCACCCAAUUCUAAACAGCACAACACACCCGGAUCCAAAAGUCCUGGUUACACACAGACCAGGAGACCAGCGGGGGGGUCAUCCCGGCCUCUCCCAUCUCCAGGAUCCGCUCUCCCCAAAUCACAUCACAUCCUGACACUGAGAGACCUGGAGGACACCCGUCGUCCACGCAGGCUCUCCGCAAGAAGCCGCUGCAGUUCCUCUCCAACAGACAGCGACCCGUCUGUACCGAUGACCCUCCGCUCGGGGGGCACCAUUCACUCCAGAUGCGCCCUGUUCAACUCCCCUCCAAGAGCAUCGAGCAUCGGCCUAGCAUCACCUCCUCUGUCGAGACAAAACUCAACCUCGCCAGUCUGGAGCUCCCCGCCUAGAUCAAACUCCAGCAUUUCUGCAGGGCUGUCGCCACGCCAAGGAGUCAUCACUCACUCUCCCAGGGGGAGACAAAACUUUAAAAUCACCACCCCGGUCUCUGCCGAGGUUCCCCAAGACUUCCUAGCAUCGUCUGAGGCAGAAGACGCAGCCGUGGCCACGACCAAUGGGAUCUCACUAGCCCCUGAUAACUUGGAAGAGGAAGUGGCCCACCUAAUGUCCCAGGAGCUGCCUUACACUGUGUUUGACACAGACACCGAGGUAGCAGUGGCCUCCAUGCUGAAUGCCAAGCUUGACUUUGAUGAGGCUCUGCUCACUGAGAACGUGGUACUUCACUGCAGUGCACAAGGCGGUAGAGGAGAGGUGGAAGGCGCAGUGCAGGAUGUGGAAAUGCAACAGGAGAACGACUCUGUAGACGAAGACUCGAGCCGUUACUUUAAGUUUUCGCGGACAGUGGUGUGUGACGCAGCUAGUGGCUCAGAUGCCACGGGUCAGCUCCCCUCAGCACCGUCAAUCUCGCAGUUGGAUGGGGCAGACAGCGGGACAGACAGUGAUGAAAGCGAAGUGGGCAAUGAUGGAGCUCGGGACAUCAACAUCCACACCAAUAACAAUACACCUACUAAACAGCUGACGGUUGCUCUGAAGAGGCUGGACUCGAGCUACACAGUGUCAACAGUCCAGCAAGGAACAAAUGAGCCACAGUUUCAGGAAGAUUCUCUGCCAUCUACUCUGCUUGAAUCAGGGUAUGCACAUGAUGACAUGUCACUUCAGGAGGAAGAGGUCCCAAUGAGCUCUGUAACGCCAACAUUGCAAAGUGAUGUGUUUUUGGAUUCAACCACAGGCCAUUUUGUGUCUGGAGAAGGCCCUGCAGUGCACCCACGUCGAAUUCAAGGGGAGGAGGACAGUACGUCUUCAGCUGACUCCAUUGAAGGAUUUAAAGAUGAUUUAAAUGACCCCGACUACUCACCAGAACCUAAAACCAAAAAAUCUCCCACGUUGCUGACAAAACGUCCCACAUCAAAUUUCAGGCCCUUGUCGCCAAAACCGUACAUUCAGCAGCAGGAUAAAAUCAAACUGUUGUUGCCCACUCUACCCGCACGACCUGUAAAUAAUGUGUCCGUUUCCUCUGCUGCUGCCUCUUUUUGUGCAGUCCCACGCGCAGUCACAUCCCCCAUUAUCAUCAACGGCUUAAACGCGUUUCCCGAGCAGUCUGCCAUACCGAGCAAAACCAUCGCCAUCCGCUUGGACAACUCCAGGCCAGGAAGUCAGCAGCAAGCAGUUGCACCGGAUCAGGCCGCAGCCGCUAACUUGCCCCCGGUCCCAGCCUUGGCUCCUCCCCCUCAAGUCCUGCUGGUUAACCGUCAAGGUCAAAUUCUCGUCAAAGACCCGAGAUCCAACACUUACCAGACCCUCAGUGCAAAUUCCCCUGCUUACAGUAAGAUAAGCCAGAUAGCAAAGAUUCUUCACAGCAGUAACGCUUUGCAGCGCUCUGUCCCCCGUGUCAUAAUCAAGUCUCGCGCCAACCCCUCUGCCACACUUGCCCCUCCUGACAGUAACCACAGCAGUAACCCUCUGCAGCACUCUGUCCCUCGUGUCAUAAUAAAGUCUCGUGCCAACCCCUCUGCCACACUUGCCCCUCCUGACAGUAACCACACAACAACAUCGGAGAGAAAAUUCAUUGUCCGAGUGGUGCCUGUGAAAAGCGGCACUACAUCCACGGCUCCCGUUGUUGCACAGAGCGUUCCCAAACCUGUUUUCCCAAACAAUCCAGAAACCACGGCUCAGGCUAUUAUCGAGAGAGCCAUGGCUUCCCACCGCGACGCACAGAGGACGAAACCCAUAAUCCUCUGUAACGCUCGACAGCCACAGGCCGGACAGCCAAGAGCGUCCCAGGUUCAGGACCCAGUAGACUCAGAUCAAUCGCCGGCUGCACGUUCAGAGUCGCCCAUUGGUUCGAUCUGUGAAUUGAAUUUGAAAUUGCAACCAGCACCUGCCUCAUCGCGCCAGCAGGUGAGAAUCAAGAGAGUGUCAACGGUGUCUGAAAGGCCUUCAAGGAAGAAAUCCAAGAUGGACUUCUUGAUGGAUCCCUCCAGUGAGCCAGAUGAAGUUACUGAAGCCAGCAGAUCGAGUGGCGUGAGAAUAAAAGCUCCAACCAAUAAGGACGUUCUUGAUCUCGACCAAGAAAUUAUGCCCGAGCCUGAGCCGUUGAGAAUCACUGCUCCACCGCUGCCUGCGCCCCCUCGGCCUUCUCGGGUGAAGAGUCCAUCAGCACAAACCAACACAGAGAGCGCUGACAGUAAUACACACAUGUGGGUCAGCGCUCGCCAUGGAGACCUCUCUGAAUGGGGCCCUUAUUCAGGUUUCAGCUCGGAGGAAGAUGCUCCCGCACCGAAACACAGGAAGAGGACGUACAUGAACCAGCCGCACCUGCGCUUUGAAAUCACCAGUGAAGAUGGUUUCAGUGUUAAAGCCAACAGCAUAGAGGUCGCCUGGCGCGCGGUGAUUGACGGUGUCCUUGAGGCGCGGGCGGGCUUCCACCUGAAGCAGCUGCCUCUGGGCGGGAUGAGCGGUCCGCGGGUGCUCGGUGUCGUCCAUGAUGCCGUCAUCUUCCUGCUGGAGCAGCUGCAGGGGGCCACGAACUGCAAGUACCACCGCUUCCGCUUCCACCGCUGUGAUGACAUUGAGGAAGAGCUUCCCCUCAACCCGAGUGGCUGUGCCCGGACUGAAGUCUAUACAAGGAAAGCAACUUUUGAUAUGUUCAACUUCCUGGCGUCACAGCACAGAGAGCCCCCUGAUAUUGUCGGCCCCUUCGAUGAAGAGGAGGAUGAAUUCCCACUGAAAUCUUCUCGGCGAGCCACCAGCAGUGAGCUUCCCAUGGCGAUGAGAUUCAGGCACCUGGAGAAAAUAUCCAAAGAAGCAGUAGGAGUUUACAGAUCUCAAAUUCAUGGACGUGGACUUUACUGUAAGAGGAACAUCGAGGCCGGGGAGAUGGUGAUCGAGUACGCUGGCACCGUCAUCCGCUCUGUCCUGACUGACAAGCGAGAGCAAUAUUAUGACAGCAAGGACAUCGGCUGCUACAUGUUCCGCAUCGACGACUUUGACGUGGUGGACGCGACGAUGCAGGGCAACGCGGCCCGCUUCAUCAACCACUCGUGCGAGCCCAACUGCUACUCCCGCGUCAUCAACGUGGACGGCCGAAAGCACAUCGUAAUUUUCGCCCUGAGGAAGAUCUACCGCGGUGAAGAGCUCACCUACGACUACAAGUUCCCCAUUGAGGACGAGAACAACAAGCUGCAUUGCAACUGCGCGACGAGACGCUGCCGUCGCUUCCUCAAUUAGUACAGCAUCGCACAUGCACACACCAACAGCCAUCUUGUCUAUUGCACUUGAAUUCAGAUGGUGGACUUUGAUGAACCGAUGAGAGCGACUGUUGUGUUGUAGCCAUAAGAAGACAGGUCGCUGAUGCGCACAGAUCUGAUCUACUGAGUCUUCACUACAUUCAAAGCUUAAUUUGUAGACUGGGCCAGAAACCAUAUUAGAGCCAUAUGUCAAGGUUUGGGAUGAAGACUAUUUUUUGAAGUUUGUGACUGCUGGAUAAUUGGUCUCUUUUUUGUUUGGUUGUUUAUUGUAUUUUUUAUUCAAUUACCGUUUAAAGCAUCCCAUACACCACUUCAGUUUUACAUUGUCAUCAGUAGCCUCUGCUGAUUACUACCAGCCUCAAAUGGUGCAGUUAAAGAUGGAUCCAUUACUGUGCAGCAGGAGUCAGAAAAGGAUGAGGACAAUUUCACUCAGCUCCUUAUUUUUGAUGAGACCCUCUCAGGCAGCACUGGUGUCACAGCAGGCAGGACAAUUUUUAUUUCGGAACAAAAUGAACACCUUUAACGAAAAGCGUCUUGUGUUCGUUGUAGUGCAGCUAAGUGUUGACAUCGCUCAGGACACCGCAGGGACUCAGUUGUCGUCCGUGUGGCGCCGGUGCAGGUGCUGAUGACAUUUACCUUAAAGGUAACUUUUAUAGGAGUCACCCGAACCUUUUCCACCUUUCAGUCAGUUGAAAUGUCUCGAUUUUAUUUGUAUCAGCAGAGAUGCUGCGAUCUAAAUGCUUUUAUCCCACUAUAAACAGCCCGUUCUCUCUGUGGAUUUGUGCUGUUUGUGUGUUUUAAGGUCUAUGAGGGAGUUUCCUUGGUACAGGGUUUCAAAAUGGACAUAGUCAUCUGCGCUCUGCUCAGUCCCUUAAACACCUUUUUGUAUUUUUGUAUAUUUGAACAAUAAAUGUCUAUUCAACAAGCUGAUGGAAAUAAAUGUGUUUGAGCUUUUAACUUCUUUUUUGUAAGUGAAGGCUGACAAACAGAACUGAACCUGUUGCUGAGUAAUGAUCCUAAAUUAAUCUUUUUUUCUUUUCUUUUUCCGCGGUUGUUUUGCAGCCUCUUCCCCCUGUUCUCUUCUCUCACAGGUGUUCUACCUCAAAGGGGUUUAUGAAGCAAGAUUUCAUUUUAAUACACAAAACAUUUGUUGGUGAAAAACUGCUUCCUCAUUUCCUUAUUGUUCGGUCGUUAAUAAUCGUUACGUCGUUAUAGUAUGAAUACAGCCCAAUUCAAUAAACAGACUUGCUAUUAUGCCUGCAAUUACUUCCUGAGAAAAGGUAGCUGCCGCUGCCGUUGUUGUUUUUUUUGUUGGUUUUUUUUGGUGCUCUCUUCCUCCUGUGUGUAUCCAGCCAAUAUGUGUAGACGGGAUCAUAAGCUGAAGAGCUGGAAAUGUAUGUUCUGUUUUCUUAGGAUUAAUAAUUGAAUUUGAAACAACUUUGUUACUUCAUCGCCUCAUGAUGGAUCUUUGCCUGUACAUAGUUGUAUAAAGAAUUUCUAAACCUGUUAAAUAUUUUUAUCUACAUUUUUUUUAAUUUAUGUUCAAUAAAGAUUUGAAAUGUU